AUGUCUCGCGACGAUUUGGUCCAAAAAGCCAAGCUGGCCGAGCAAGCCGAGCGUCACACCGACAUGGCCAAGGCGAUCAAGAAAGUGACUGAAUUCGGCGACCAACUGACGGGUGAAGAACGCAAUCUCUUCUCGAUGGCCUACAAGAACAUGAUUGGGUCUCGUCGUCACGCAUGGCGAGUCGUUUCAACAAUCGAGCAGAUGAACAAAAACUCUUCGGAACCUGCAAACCCUGAGGUCAUCAAGAAUUACCGGUUGUUGAUCGAAAAGGAGAUCAUGGCUGUAUCCGAAGAAGUUAUCGAACUUCUCAACAAAUUCAUUCUUCCAAAAACAACGGAGCCAGAGCACAAAGUGUUCUACCUUAAAAUGAAAGCCGACUACCAUCGUUACAUCGCAGAAGUUGCAACUGAAGACGAACUCUCAAGUGCUACAGAAAAUGCCAAAAAAGCCUACGAAGAGGCGCUGAAAGUUGCUGAGCAGCACAUGAGGGCCGUCAAUCCAAUCAGGCUAGGACUUGUGCUCAACUUCAGUGUGUUUUACUACGAGAUCCUCAAGGAGUUUGAUCUUGCUUGUGAAUUGGCAAAAGAAUCUUUUGACACGGCGAUCCUCCAGCUGGAUACCCAGGGAGACGAAUGCUACAAAGACUCAACUCUCAUCCUGCAAUUGCUUCGCGACAACCUCGCUUUGUGGACCGCGAAAGCUACUAUUGAUGCCAACCCACAAAAUCAAGGAACCGCC